AUGACCGACAUCCCCAGGAGUAACAUCGACCACCUGGGCAUCUUCGUCCCAGCCGACAAGUUCGAGUCGACCGUCGAAUGGUACCUGGCCGCCCUCGCUCCGCUGAAGUACAAGAAGAUCAUGGAGUUCCCCGGCACCGUCGGUCUGGGCAGCCAGAUCCCGGACUUCUGGGUCGCGAUCAAAGACGGUCCCGCGCCGCAGAAUGUGCACUUUGCGUUUAGUGCACCGGACCGAGCUACCGUUGAUGCUUUCCACAAGGCGGCUAUCGCGGCCGGGGGAACGUGCCAUGGACCCCCUGGACUCCGUCCGGAGUAUCAUGAGAACUACUAUGGGGCUUUUGUGUUGGAUCCGCUGGGGAAUAAUGUUGAGUUGGUGAUCCACACCCCGGUGUGA